AUGUUAUAUUUUAUUCCCCUUUUGGGGUUAGUUGCUUUUACUAAUGCUUAUUCAAAAAUACUGCAAAAUGUUUCAAAGGAGGAAGUGUACGCUGCUUUAAUUUCUGAAAUUCGUCUGUUGUAUGACGCAACCACCGUGACAAUUGUUGAAAGUCAUGAAUCAGAAGAUGUUUAUUUUCUGUCGAAAAUCAUCAAGGAACUUUCCGUUCUCGGUAUAUCGUCACAAGCGACAAAUUUUUUGAAACUUGCGGAAAUAAAUUCUUUUUAUGAAAAGUACCUCAAACAGCAGUUGAAUGUUGUUCUUCUCACAACUGAAGAAUCAGUCCACAACUUGGAAAACUUCACCCAAAAUAGACAUGUAUCAGAAAAUUCGUGGUUCAUAAUUUUUAAAAAAUGGAGAGAAGAGAAACCACUGGAGGAAUAUUGCUCGAAUCCUCGGGGCAAUCCACUGAACUUGAGAUUUGACACAAGGAUGAUAGUGAAAUGCUAUGACGAUCAAAUUCUUCGUGAGUGGUACUCUCUCUACAAGAACGAUACCCAAAUUUUUGACAUCGCCACUUGGAACCAAACACAUGAUUUCAAACUCUUAACAAAGGAUAAAUUUCUCUAUUCGAGAAGAAAAGAUGUCGGUGGAGUCUCUUUGCAGUUGAAACACUUCAGGAAAACAGCAUUGCACGAGGAUUCAAAAAGAAUAAUAAGUUUUGCCAAUCGAGUAAUGCAAGAAAUUGCUGAUGUUAUAAAUUUAACAUUAGAAAUCGAAGAGGAAGAAAAUUCCUAUGAAAUAGCAAACAUGUCUGUUCAAAAUAGACGUGAAUUACUAAAAGAAAUGAAAAAUUAUACAGAUCUUAUUGUUGGGAAUGUAUGGAAAAGAAAUGAGAAAUUUGAUUACUCCCAAACGCCACCUAUAAGUUCAACUAAACUUAUUAUGUGCAUCCAUAAGAGAAAUAAUGUUACAAAAGAAUACUUACAAUACUCAAAGCCGUUUCAUCUACACAGUUGGAUUAUUAUAAUUUUAUUUAUCCUCAUAUUGCCGAUAUUUUCGACAAUUAUAAAAAUAAAACAAACUUACAAUAAAAAUAAAAAUGCCAGUUGGAAGAAAAUCUACUAUGAAAAUUGUUUUAAAAUUUGGCGAAUAAUUUGUCUUCAAGCCUUAGAGGAAUUUCCAGUAGAGAAUCCUUUGAGAUUAACUUACGUGUCGAUUCUGCUCACGGCAUUAAUGACCUCUAUAAUCUACUCUGGAUCUCUAAUACAAUGUUUAAAAAAGCAUUCAUCCAUUCCUUCUUUGGAAACACUGGAAAAUUUUAUAAAUGACGGAAGCUAUAAACUAAUCACAUUGAGAAAUUAUUUUUGCCAUGUUUUAAUAAAGAAUUCGAAAGAAGGGAUAUUUCAUGAUUUGAAGCCGUUUUUAAAAGCUGAUGACGAACAACCAAUCAGAACAAAUGAUGCUUUUCAGCAGGUAUGUAAUAGCAAAACGGCAUUUCUCACCAUUAAGGAAGCAUUGGCAUUUGCACCCGUGCAGAAAUUUUGA